AUGGUAUGCACCAGUUUCAUUAGGAGUGUCAUUGUUCAGGCUGGUCAUUUUGGGGUGUUGGCUCAAGGAAGACAGCAGUUAAGUCAUAUUAAGAAGACCUUUAGUGUUGGUUUCGGAUUCAGAACGAGUGCAAAGAUGAUGGUCGAUGCUUCUGCAGGAGAGAAACGUGUAUCGUUAGUUGAUAUGCCGCCUGAGAAAGUUGAUGAUGCUGGUUACAUCGGUGGUGGGUGGAAAAAUGACGAUGGGAGCUUGAGCUGUGGGUACUGUAGUUUCAGAGGGAAAAGGUCUACGAUGGAAGACUUCUAUGAUAUCAAAGCUUCCAAGAUUGACGGCCAAACAGUUUGCAUGUUUGGAAUAUUUGAUGGUCAUGGUGGCUCACGUGCUGCUGAGUACCUGAAGGAACACCUCUUUGACAAUCUUAUGAAGCAUCCACAAUUUUUGACAGACACCAAGCUGGCACUAAGUGAAACAUAUAAACAAACUGAUGUAGCGUUCCUUGAGUCAGAAAAGGAUACUUACAGAGAUGAUGGCUCCACAGCAUCUACUGCUGUGUUGGUGGGGAACCAUUUGUAUGUUGCAAAUGUUGGAGACUCAAGGACUAUAGUUUCUAAAUCUGGGAAAGCGAUCGCGCUAUCCGAUGACCAUAAGCCAAAUAGAAGCGAUGAAAGAAAGCGAAUUGAAAGCGCUGGUGGUGUUAUCAUGUGGGCAGGAACAUGGAGGGUAGGUGGGGUAUUGGCAAUGUCCCGAGCCUUUGGAAACAGAAUGCUGAAGCAAUUCGUUGUUGCCGAACCAGAGAUACAAGAUCUGGAGAUAGAUAACGAGGCUGAGUUUCUUGUGCUUGCAAGUGACGGUUUAUGGGAUGUGGUACCAAAUGAGGAUGCGGUAUCUCUUGUUCGGAGUGAGGAGGAGCCCGAGGUAGCUGCCCGCAAGUUAACCGACACUGCCUUCGCCCGUGGCAGCGCAGACAACAUUACGUGCAUUGUUGUUAAACUCGGCCAUGAGCCUCCCAAAGCCGUACCAAACCCCGAGCCUGAACUAGAACCCGAAUCUGAACCCAAGCCCAACGAUGAACCGGAGACCGAAACAUGCCCCAAAGCUGAACCGGAACCAAAACCCGAAGCUGUGUCCGACCCGAAACCUGAGACCGAAUCAGAGACCAAGGGUGAGAAAGCAAAUAAGACAAUUCUAAUAGCCAAUAAUACAGUAUCUAUGGAGACCAAUCUGAUCUCGAUGAGGAGAGGAGAGGAGAGGAGUUGCUCAUCAGCGCCUUGA